CUAAAAUUACUCAAUUCCUUUGAUGCUGAUAUUAUCUGCUUCAAACCAGAAAAGAAAAGAGAAGGAAAAUAAGGGGGAAAAUUAAGUUACGAAGAAAUGAAGAUAGUAACUUACAACGUAAAUGGACUGAGGCAAAGAGUCUCACAGUUCGGUUCUCUCCUUAAAUUACUCAAUUCCUUUGAUGCUGAUAUUAUCUGCAUCCAGGAGACGAAAUUGAGAAGACAAGAAUUAUCGGCGGAUUUGGCAAUAGCCGAUGGCUAUGAAUCCUUCUUUUCCUGCACUCGUACCUCCGACAAAGGCCGAACUGGUUACUCCGGUGUGGCAACAUUUUGUCGUGUUAAGUCGGCGUUCUCCAGUGUAGAAGCGGCGUUGCCGAUUGCGGCGGAGGAAGGCUUCACGGGUCUCCUAGGUUGUUCUAGAAAAGACGAAGCAGCUUCAGCAGUAGCUGAAGGGCUUGUGGAGUUUUCAAGAGAGGAGCUUCUCAAAGUUGAUAGUGAGGGGCGGUGCAUUAUCACAGAUCAUGGUCAUUUCGUUCUUUUCAACUUGUAUGGACCCCGAGCAGGGGACGGUGAUUCUGAGAGAAUACAGUUCAAGCUCAACUUUUUCAAGAUAUUAGAGAAAAGAUGGGAGUCUCUGUUGUGUCGAGGAAGGAGGAUUUUUGUUGUUGGUGACCUCAACAUUGCUCCUUCUGCUAUUGAUCGUUGUGAAGCUGGACCAGAUUUUGAGAAGAAUGAGUUUAGAACAUGGUUUAGAUCAAUGCUAGUGGAAUCUGGAGGCCAUUUCUUUGAUGUUUUCAGGGCAAAAAAUCCAAACAGAAGAGAAGCAUUUACAUGCUGGCCUUCAAAUACUGGUGCUGAGCAAUUCAAUUAUGGGACAAGAAUUGAUCAUAUUCUAUGUGCUGGGCCUUGCUUACAUGAGGAGCACGAUGUAGAGGGACAUAAUUUGGUAACCUGCCAUGUGAAGGAGUGUGCCAUCUUGACAGAAUACAAGCGGUGGAAGCCUGGAAGUGCAACAAGGUGGAAAGGAGGGUGGAACAUUAAGUUAGAAGGUUCGGACCAUGCACCUGUUUAUACGUGCUUAAGGGAAAUCCCUUAUGUCUCAGAACAUAGCACUCCAUCUUUAGCUGCUAGAUAUCUGCCAAUGGUUCAUGGUCUGCAGCAAACUCUUGUGUCAGUUUUAAUGAGAAGGCAAGCUACUAAGCAAGUCAAAUCCGAUGUAGUAUCAAGUUCAUUUCCUGAUGAAAGUAUCAUCUCAGGAGGUUGCAGUCAUGUAAAAAGGUCUAUAGCUAAUUGUGAUGUUAAUGGAACCGAUAUAUCCUGCCGUUCUUUGGACCAGGACUCCCGAAACCCCAUCCUAAAAGUUGUUGGUCAUUCUGAAGAUUUCAAAGAGGAGGCUGCUUGUAGCACUACCAUUGUAUUCAACGAGGAGUACGCCAGGCCAUUGCCUAACAAACGAACCAGGAAAAGAGCUAGAAAGAGUCAACAGCUCUCCUUGAGAUCAUUUUUCCAGAAAAGUCACAACCUAGAUGAUGGCAUCGAGAAUUCUACAAAUGAUAUUUCAACUAGCCAGACCGGUGUCCUAAACUCUAACAAUCAGUCCCAGGAAGCUCCUGUGAUGGAUGAUCAUAGAUGCGGUACCAUGCAGAAUGAUACAAAUGGAAUUUCAUCCUCACAGGGUCAAGAAGAACCAGAUCGUCCAUGUAGUCCAACACAAAACAACACAAAUGGGAAUGCAUCCUCACAGGGUCAAGAAGAACAAGAUGGUAGUCGUUAUUUGGAGAAACAGAAGAAGAGUGAUGCAUUAUUGGAGUGGCAAAGGAUCCAACAACUCAUGCAAAACAGCAUACCUCUUUGUAAGGGCCAUAGAGAACCUUGUGUUUCUCGAGUAGUGAAGAAACCAGGUCCUAAUUUUGGUCAUAGGUUCUAUGUGUGCGCUCGAGCUGAGGGUCCUUCUUCCAACCCUGAAGCAAAUUGUGGUUACUUCAGAUGGGCUUCUACGAAGUCACGGCCAAAAUGAUGGUGAUCCUUCAUCUCAAAGUUUGAUGGGAGGAUAUGCACAUGUCCUUCCCUCUUGACCUGCUCCUCAAUGCUGGCAUACCGCCCAUGUUGUAAAUUAUUGAUCAAUUUCAGCCUCUUCCAUGCUAGAGAGCGAACUCUUUCUUUCAUCCUGGUCAUGUACUGAGGAUGUUGAACGUCAGCUCAUCUUAAUUAGUCAAAUGGAUCAAAUUUUCAGUGGUUUAACACUGCAUUUGUCAAUGAUAUCAACAUUACCACCACCAUAAGGUCAACUUCCUGUAAUCUGUUUCUUCUUUGUUGGUUGAAUAGUGUAUUUACAUGAAUCAAAGAGAAUCAUUUUUCAUCAAUAAACUAUCUUAUAUGAAUCAAA